AUGGCGGAGAAAGCUUGGCUCCCUGAGGUGGCAGGGAAAGCUGGGGUGGCAGAAAAAGCUGGGCUCCCUGUAGUGGCGGGGAAAUCUGGGGUGGCGGAGAAAUCUGGUGGCGUGGGAUCCUGGGCUCCCUGGGAUGUGGGAAAAGCUGGGUUCCCUGAGGUGGCGGGUGAACCUGGGGAGGCGGGGGAACCUGGGCUCCCUGGGGUGGCGGAGGAACCUGGGGUGCCUGGGGUGGCGGGUGAACCUGGGCUCCCUGAGGUGACGGGUGAACCUGGGGUGCCUGGGGUGGCGGGUGAACCUGGGGUGCCUGGGGCGCCUUGGGUGGCGGGUGAACCUGGGGUGCCUGGGGCGCCUGGGGAGGCGGCUGAACCUGGGGUACCUGGGGUGGCGGGUGAACCUGGGGUGCCUGGGGUGCCUGGGGUGGCGGGUGAACCUGGGGUGCCUGGGGCGCCUGGGGAGGCGGCUGAACAUGGGGUCCCUGGGGUGGCGGGUGAACCUGGGGUGCCUGGGGUGGCGGGUGAACCUGGGGAGACGGGGGAACCUGGGCUCCCUGAGGUGGCGGGUGAACCUAGGGUGCCUGGGGUGCCUGGGGUGGCGGGUGAACCUGGGGUGCCUGGGGCGCCUGGGGUGGCGGGUGAACCUGGGGUGCCUAAGGUGCCUGGGGUGGCGGGUGAACCUGGGGUGCCUGAGGCGCCUGGGGAGGCGGGUGAACCUUGGGUCCCUGGGGUGGCGGGUGAACCUGGGGUGCCUGGGGUGGCGGGUGAACCUGGGGAGGCGGGUGAACCUGGGGUGCCUGGGGUGGUGGGUGAACCUGUGGUGUCUGGGGUGGCGGGUGAACCUGGGGAGACGGGGGAACCUGGGCUCCCAGAGGUGGCGGGUGAACCUGGGGUGCCUGGGGUGGCGACUGAACCUGGGGAGGCGGGUGAACCUGGGGUGCCUGAGCAGGCGGGUGAACCUGGGGUGCCUGGGGUACCUCGGGUGGCGGGUGAACCUGGGGAGGCGGGUUAA